AUGACUACAGCAAGAUACAGGCCUACCUGGGACUUGGUACUUGACCCAUUAGUGUCCUGCAAGCUCUGCCUUGGCGAAUAUCCCGUGGAGCAGAUGACAACAAUAGCACAAUGCCAAUGCAUCUUCUGUACCCUGUGCCUAAAACAGUAUGUGGAACUUUUGAUUAAAGAAGGUCUAGAAACAGCAAUCAGCUGCCCUGAUGCUGCCUGCCCAAAGCGAGGUCAUCUGCAAGAAAAUGAGAUUGAGUGCAUGGUUGCAUCAGAAAUCAUGCAAAGGUACAAGAAGCUACAGUUUGAAAGAGAAGUGCUUUUGGAUCCAUGUCGGACUUGGUGUCCAUCCUCUACUUGCCAGGCAGUUUGCCAGCUCCAGGAAUCAAGCCCACAGGACCCCCAGCUGGUCCAGUGCAAGGCCUGCGACAUUGAGUUCUGCUCUGCUUGCAAAUCUAAUUGGCAUCCAGGUCAAGGCUGUCAAGAGAACAUGCCAAUCUCUUUUCUUCCAGGAGAAACAAGUUCGGUUUUUAAAAUGGAAGAAGAUGAUGCUCCAAUCAAACGCUGUCCAAAGUGCAAAGUUUACAUUGAACGAGAUGAAGGCUGUGCCCAAAUGAUGUGUAAGAACUGCAAACACGCCUUUUGCUGGUACUGUCUGGAAUCUCUUGACGAUGAUUUUCUCCUUAUACAUUAUGACAAAGGACCUUGUCGAAAUAAGCUGGGACACUCCAGGGCGUCUGUUAUCUGGCACAGAACACAGGUGGUAGGAAUUUUUGCAGGAUUUGGUCUUCUACUUUUGGUGGCCUCCCCUUUUCUUCUGCUUGCUACACCGUUUGUUCUGUGCUGCAAGUGCAAAUGUAAUAAAGGAGAUGAUGACCCUCUACCUACCUAGACUGAGAGAAGAUUGGACUCAUCACAACAUGUGUUAUGAUUUUAUUGUUGCCGUUGAUGUUUCCCUCUUGCACUUACAUUGCUGUAGCCUUACUUGCCCUGUUCUGCUUCUCGUUGACGCACAGUCUUGGUUCCAGGAGCUCUUGUUACUACUGUUGCAUAGAUCAAUUGAUAAUAGACAAAGAGGGUAAUGGAAGGUGAGUUUGGUGCUAAAGGGAGACCAUGGACCUGGGAAACUAUCUGAACUGAAGAGAUGACACUGCUAAAAAUAAUGCAAAAAUUUUCU